CUCAGGCAUUCAAAGCGACGCCAAUAUCUUGCACCAUCACCUCAUCAGCCCCGCCCAGCCAGUGGCAGCGCCAGGUAUUCGAAGCUAUGCGACCUUGCAGCUGGACACAAGCCACACUAGCGAACCUAGUAACGGAGAAAACCAUCCGCCACCAUUUUCUUAUCGACGCAGCUGAUAUGCAUAGUUGCUGUUUAUUAAGAGUCAGGUCGCCAACCCCGUCCCGACUGGGAGAGUAUGGCAGCAGUGGGGUGUGUGGGUGCCAGAGACGAGAUAAGGACGACAACAAACGGCUGCAAGACACCAGAACCAGGAAAUCCCAGAGUGCUAUCCUCAUUCUUUUCUAUGCUGUCCCAUGCUGUCAGCCAUCUCGAACAGUCAACGUGCCGUACGACUGCCAGCCACCUCUCGCACAGAAGACGUCUCAGCAGUGCCCGUCUGGCCGGACUUCAAUCCAGUAAACGACUUUCAACUUUCUUACUGAGACGGGACCACGAACUUUUCCCAGCUGAUCAUGUAGCACUGAUCACGUCGUCAGCAAUGAGGCAAGGCAGCGACUGUGUGCUUGAGAAACCUGAGCGUGUUCAGCACUCCUCUCUUGUACGAUCCGGGGCGACGGGGCCCGCGCCGACCCUCCAGGCCGCACCGCCCAAGGUCCGGGCGCGGCUGGACACAGUGAGGACGGACUCGGAUUCUAUCGCUAAGCCGCACUGGCGAGAGAGUUCGCUUCGUCGAAACUUUCUUCUUCAGGGUGUAGGGCACAUGGGAGUCAGGACCCUGAUCAGCGCAAGUGCAGUAACUCGGUCGAGUUUCUACCGUAUAAUGCCUCAACAUGGCUCAGUGGAUUUGAAUCACCCAAGAGUUCAAACUUCAUCCGAGUCGAGGCAUUGAUAAUGGGAGUUUUGAAAAGGUGCUUACUUGACCGCGACGGAACAGCUCCGCGUGGCAGACGGAUCUUAUUCAUUGUCACAGAGAGGCUGAACGAAUGCGAACAUUGUGAGGGCCAUGCCAAGUCCUCCAACGAGUCCAGGCCUGGCAAGGGCCAAAGUACGAAUUGGUGUUGACCGUAGGUGGCAUCGCGCCUAAGCCGGCCUUACCUACCGCACCGGGCAGCAGACCGAGGAUCCAGUUCCGGAAGACUGAAAGAACAGCAAAUCACCAUCCUAUGAGGUGGUUCCCAUUCGCAUCAUCAGUUGCCAGCAAAAAGAUCACAUAGAAGAAAGAGAUACCCGACGAGGUUUCCGCUUCUUGCGGUUGCCGGACUGAACUCCGCAAGGU